GGCUCUUCCGCUUCCGGAUUCCAGCUUGCCGCCGCGGCCUGAUGGACUAUGGCAACUCCGCAAGCCACUCCAGACAGCCAGUCAGAGGAGAGCAACUCUCUGGAGCUGCCGUCUGCUUGUGACAUAAGAGAUUACGUGCUGCGGGAACCCUGCCAGGAGGCCCACAGCGAGGCCGCUAGUUCUGCAGAAGGCCUUUCCGUUCUUUCCUCUUCUGAGGUGGAUCCAGACAGCGGUCACCUAAACACUACACAACGUGACUCCUGGGCCUCUGAGAACUUCUGGGUCGACCCUUCUGUGAAUGGCCAACCAGAGACGAAGGCAGAGGAUGAGGAACUUCGGAAAUCCCUGGAUAGACUCUAUGAGAUGUUUGGCCACCCACCACCAGCCUCUCGAAACCCACUCUCUGCAUCUGUCUGCCAGUGCCUGUCUCAGAAAAUCGACGAACUGCAGGGCCAGGAGAGCCAGAAGUACGCCCUCCGCAGUUUUCAAAUGGCCCGCGUCAUUUUCAACCGGGAUGGCUGCUCCUUGUUACAGAGGUAUUCCAGGGACGCCCGAUUCUACCCGCUGGGAGAAGGAAGUCAGUCUCUGGAUGACGAAAAGCCGACCCCAGGACUUUCCAAAGACAUUGUUCGUUUCCUCUUGCAGCAGAACGUGAUGGGAGACCCAUAACUGGUGCCUGGUGGUGAGAGCAGGCCACUGUCAGUACACCACCCAGGUCUGUUCUGGUCUGUCUUGCCAGCUGUGUGCCUCGCCCCCAGCUAAGUGCUCUGCAGCCAACAGCUGGCAUCUGUGACCAAGUAUUAGAGGCUGGUCAGCCCAAAUAGAGAGCCAUCGGUACCUGGGAAUUUUAUAGCCCCUGUGGCCACAUGCCCUCCUACCUUUCCCUUUGGCCUGAGGCCAGUGAUGGGCUGGUUUGGGAGUUCAAAAAGCCCAGCUUCCUUGUCUCAAAGGAAGACAUGCUCUGUGGCAUAAUUUACUCUUUGGAGCUCCAGGCCGAUGCUGUCUUUCCAUUCAUUCACCUAUUGGUGCCACCUAUGAGCCUUUCCUCAAUAAAUCGCUUGUACUUGAA